GGAGCAAACGUCAUAGAGGCCCACUGGUUCUUGGCAGGAUGGCUUCUCAUCGUCUGCUGCUCCUCUGUCUCGCUGGACUGGUACUUGCAUCUGAGGCUGGCCCUGCGGGCAUUGGUGAAUCCAAAUGUCCUCUGAUGGUCAAGGUCCUAGAUGCCGUCCGAGGCAGCCCUGCUGUCGACGUGGCCGUGAAAGUGUUCAAAAAGGCUAAUGAUGAGACCUGGGAGCUGUUCGCCUCCGGGAAAACCAGUGACUUUGGGGAGCUCCAUGGGCUCACAACCAGAGACAACUUUGUAGAAGGGAUAUACAAAGUGGAAUUGGACACCAAAUCCUACUGGAAGGCACUUGGCAUUUCCCCGUUCCAUGAAUCUGUAGAGGUGGUGUUCACAGCGAAUGACUCUGGUCCACGCCACUACACCAUUGCUGCUCUGCUCAGCCCCUACUCCUACUCCACCACGGCCCUGGUCAGCAGCCCCAAAGAAUGAGGGACCCUUCCUCCUGUCGAUUUGAAGGAGGGGAGAUAGGACUUCAUGUAACCAAUAGUAUUCCAUUUUUAUUACAGCAGUGUUUUCACUUUAUGAACUCUGUUAGAAACCCAGGUGGGGACAAUAAAGCGUUCCUAUUAAAGCA